AUGCGGUUUUUCCUCAUUCUAUCGAUACUCUUCCUCCUCCCAAUUGUAUCCGCCAAAUUUGGCCUCUCGUGCUUCAAAGUCAUCACCGCACUCGCCGGCCGACCGGGCGAUCUGUACGAUAAGUUCCAGCGCGAGAUCUGCGACCGAGGAUGCCAGCCCACCGUGCCUCAUUGGGACCUCUGGACCCGUAACAACACCUUCGUGCCAGCCGUCCACAACGCCCUGAAGCGACUACACGUGCCUCGCCAGGAAGAAACCAUGAUCCAGCUGGGCGACGACGUGGCCAACAUCAUCAAGGUGCGCUGCGGCCCGGCUCUCGGGGGGAAUCAUAUCUGCUCCGAUCCGGAGACACUUGCGGGCUUUGGGAAUUGCUUCAAGCGCAAUUUCGUACGGGCGAUGAUUGUGCAUCUGCCGAAAUUGCUGCCCAUGGCAGACGAGGCUGUUUGUCGCGAGCAGUUGGUGUAUCUCAAGGACGGGCAUCUGUGGGAGACGGUCAUUCCGCAAAACAUGCGCGAUUAUGCGGCUGCUUGUCAGAAUUUGGAAGAAAAAGAGGCGGAAUAUCAUUUUGAGCCAUAUGGGUUCUAG